UUGACGUAGAUGCAUCGUAGAAUAACGUAGAUGGUUGCAAACUUUAUCAUCAAAUGAUGAGCUGCUGGAUGAAAAAACAUAAGAAUUUUGAUUUCCAGUAUGGUUAAAAAAUAUAAUUUUUCAUGAAAAAUAAUUUUUAAAAAGUGGUGCAUAUCAAGUUAAUUUCUUCUGAUUAUAUAAAAUUCAAACGAAUUGGGGAAUAAAUUCUGAUUAUAUUAGGUUGCAAGCUAGACAUGAAACAUGAUUUCUGUUCUAAAGAAGGUUUUUAUCCUUAUUGCUAUGUUUGCUGCAAAAGUGACUUCCAGAAUUCACAAACUUCCUCUAGUGGAUGAUGAGCGACACUAUGUAGAUCUUACUACAUUUGGAUUUUUCCAAGGAGGUAUUUUGGAUGUGCAUGUGAUCAACUUUAAAUUGCCAUCUGGACCUGUAUUAGGAGAGUAUGGAUUUACAUUAGACAGAACAGUGAAUGAUGCAAUCAAUCCAUACUUGGAGGUGCAUUCAGAUACGUGCAUUCUUAAAGGUGUUGAAAAGAGUAGUACAUUGCUGUCUCCCCAUCAUCCAGCUAUUGUAUUUUUGAAAAUGGAUUUCCAAAAUCUCAGAUUAAACAUCACAUGUGAGGGAGAAGUGACAGCUUUACACCUUUACCAAAACCGGUCAAUGAUACCAAUUGAUAGAAUCAAAAGACAAUCGCAGUACAUUUUUUUGAAUCGACGCAGGCGAUCAGUCUCUGAGAAUGGUAAAACCAUAGAGACUCUAGGGCCACAAUGUUCAUAUGCAGUUCUUCCAAUUACAAAAGAAACACGGGAUGGAUUUGAUUACUAUAAUACAAGUUUUGCGAUGUAUGUGGCAUCCGAUAAAGAAGAGGGCUUGUAUAAUCUUUACUUCCAUAACUGUCCGCAUGAGGGUACAGAACCAGCUCCUACUAUUAAUUCAUUGAUAGAAAUAUAUGAAAGUAACGAUGGAAACUUCUUGUCAGCUGGUGAGAUGCCAUUGCCAGCUCUGUACAGCAUGAUGUCCCUCAUUUUCUUCCUUAGCGCUGGAUUCUGGACGUUUAUUCUCAAAACGAGUCGACAUAAAGUCUAUCGCAUACAUAUUAUAAUGUGUGUUCUGGUGUACUUGAAAGCAAUGUCGCUUGCUUUCCAUGGAAUCAAUUAUCAUUUCAUACAAACUCGAGGCGAACACGUCACAGCUUGGGCGAUAUUGUACUAUAUCACUCACUUGUUAAAAGGAGCAGUAUUGUUUGUAACUAUUGUACUGGUGGGCACUGGAUGGAACUUCAUAAAGCAUAUACUGGCUGAUCGUGAUAAGAAAAUUUUCAUGAUAGUUAUUCCGUUACAAGUGGUAGCCAAUGUUGCUGAAAUUAUAAUAGCGGAGAGCGAAGAGGGCGCUGUCGAGCAUAACGCGUGGAGGAUACUGCUCAUGUUCGUAGAUGUGCUUUGCUGUGGGGCCAUUAUGUUCCCUGUUGUAUGGUCCAUACAUCAUUUAGAGGACUCGUCGACGACGGACGGCAAGGCUGCGGUUAGCCUGCGCAAGCUCAAGUUGUUCCGCCACUUCUAUGUGAUGAUACUGUGCUACAUAUAUUUCACUAGAAUAAUUGUUACUAUACUAGAGAACACAGUCCCGUUCCAGUACUCGUGGAUCGACGAGAUGUUCAGGGAGAUGGCGACCUUCGUGUUCUUCGUGAUGACGGGCUACAAGUUCCGGCCGGCGGCCGCCAACCCGUACUUCACCCCCACUUAUGAUGAUGAUGAAUCUAAAGUUUUAUCUGAAAUUGGUGUCCUCGAUGGUAUAACGAAUAGAGAAAAAAGGCGCGAAGAUAUGCAACCUCUUAUGCAAGAAAAUUCAGAGUAAAAAAAAAAUUAUUAUAAUAAAUCAAACGUAGAUAGACUAAAUUAUUGUUUAUACCUACGAAUAUGGGACCGGUUAAUUUAGUCAUAUGACUAUGCUUGUCUGAAUUAUUAAUAUUCCUUCUAAAACUAAUCUUGCUUUUGUCAUACAGUAACAAUGUAAUGUUUUACUUUUUCUUUAUUAAAGAUAUUCCUAUAUUAUAUAUUAAAUAAUAGUUCUUUAUUUCGGAAUUUUCGAUUUUCUUUAAACAAUUAGUAGCCUUUUCUAAUUACUGACUCCUAAAAUUGUUGACAAGCAUAUAAUAUGAAUUUAUUAUGUAUGUAGUUAGAAGUACAUUGAGAUAAGAGAAGAUGUAUUAAGUAGACUGAAAAAUUUAUAACAAUAUUAGAGUUGUGGUUUUAUCAUAAAAAUUGAUAGAUAAGCAAUAAAAUUAUGUUUUUGUUAAUUAAUUUUUUGGUUCAGGGUAUAAAGUGGUAGAAUAGAUUGAAGUGACCUUUUUUUUUUGAAUUUGAUAGUGAUUUUUUGUCUUUCCAAUUUUGUUCGUAAAUAUCAAAUAUGAAAAAUGUUAUCAUAAUAAACUAUUAUUGAUAUAAUGUUGUUUAAUUUAAGCUUAAUAAAAUCAAACCUCUUUAGUUUUUUUUCCUUUUCAGUACACCACUUUAUUCCUGAAUAUAAAUAUGUAUGUAUACAAAAUGUGUUGAUAGCAAUACUGUAAUGCUAAGAUUUAAUUAAUAUUAACUGUUUGUUUAAUUACAUUUUACUGUUAUCCGCAUUCCUAUUUGACGAUUGUUAUUUUGGUGAUGUAUAUGAUUAAAUAACGUCAUAUAACAAUAACAGAUAAAAUGUAGUUUAAAAAAUUAAUUGUUACAAUUUUUUCAUAAUUUUUUUAUACUUAUGAUCUAU